UACAAAUUCAAUCUCAAAACAAAUCUAUUAUUAGCAUGGAAAGACGAUCCAUUUGAACGCCCAUCCGAUGUUGAAGUUCACACUAAACUCAAGGAGUUAUACGAAAGAUACGUUUCACUUGAUGCUUCACCAAAGAUUCUUGGUAAAAAGACCUCAAGUGAUAUAACCACAUUAUAUUUAAAUCCACCUAUUAAAUCAAAAAUUCCUGACCAUG